GUGGGGCGCAGGCGCGAUCAGGGGCAGCAGCAACAAUGACCGGGAGGCCGCGUGGAGCUGCCAGACGGAGGGGACAAACGCCAAGGAGGAGAUCACCAUUGAGAGAGCCCCCUGCACGGUCACCUGCGAGAGCAUCUCCUGUACGAUCGCCACAUGGGAGGAGGACACUAAUGAGUCCCCGAAGGAGAUCCCCGAUUAUCCCGAGUAGACCGAGAGAUCAGCCGCCUGUCACUCGGAGAAGGUUCCGCCCAGGCACCAGGGCCUUGAUGGAAAUCCGCAAAUAUCAGAAAUCCACUGACUUGCUUAUCCGCAAGCUACCGUUUAGCAAACUGGUUCGUGAAGUGGCUUGUCGUUUUGCCAGGGGCAUUGAGUUCAGAUGGCAAGCCAAUGCUUUGCUGGCAUUGCAGGAGGCAGCUGAGGCCUUCCUGGUGCUGCUUCUGGAAGAUGCCUACCUCUGUACCCUGCAUGCCAAGAGAGUCACUCUGUUCCCAAAGGACCUUCAGCUCGCCCGCAGGAUAAGGGGCAUUCAGGAAGGUCUGGGCUAAAGGAAUGAGGGAAAAUUCUCCUCUCAGUAUUAACCCAUUCCUACCCCCUCUCCUAUCCAUUGGUGUUACGUAAUCACCUGAAGAAAACGACUAAGUUAAAACUGUAUGCAAGGAGACAGAGGGCUACGAGAGCUAUGGUCUGGCACCGAUGUCUGCUUCAUGUUCCUGCUACACAUCUCUCGGCACAAGAGCCCAUUGCAUUAUUGUAGCAUAGCCAUUUUAGUUCUGCUUUUAAGUCUAUACCCUGGUUGUUCUGUGUCUUGUGAAUUUUAAUUGUUUUGUGCUUUUACACUUUUCAAUGUGUCAGAUGGCUCUUUCAUAGGAGAGCAGCUGAUUUGUCAUUUAGCAUCUCCGAUCUACGAUCCAAAUGCUGACUCUGCUCUGAUUUCCCAGUACCCACACAUACACCCUCUCAGCAAUGCUUUUUUUUAAUUUAGCAAUUUUAUCUGUCACCGUCUCAUGUAACAUGUAACUCACCAGAUGGUUGUGGAGUUGGUGGUUACUGGGCCAGAGCGAGUGAUUGACAUCAGAGAUUAGGGUCAAGCUGCAAUGAGGACUGACAGCUGAUCAGGAUGAGUAUGGCCAGUAUUGCAGUGUCUGUGCUGUUCAACAUCAGGGCUACAUUCUUACACACUUUUAACAUGCUUGGUACCAGCUGCUUUUAACUGCCUGGCCUACGUGCAUAAAGCAUAUUUUUAGUGUUUUAAAAAGUGUUCAUCAGAAAGCUGUUGCUUUCAGUGAAUUCCUUGCAGGUUUUGGUGCUUUGGAUUAGUUUGUGCCUUCCUGUGGGAGAUGACAUCAGGGAGAUUGCAGACAGAAACCCCACCUGAGCAACUCAUGUCAACCAGUGGCUCCCCAGCAGUCUCUCUCCCUUCACGAAGUUUUAUGCUUUAAAGGAUCUGAAUGUCUCUUCACUCUGCUGAGCAUUCAUGAUUGGGAUGAGGUGGGAGUAAGGGGACUGGGAGUCACUGAUCUCCAGGGUGCUCUCAUUCCCUCCCCCGCCCUCACUGAAGGUCUGGAAAGUUUCUGUGAGGUUGAAGUUUCGUUGUUUGAGUGGUUUAAAGAAAAUGCACGUGUUGGGCAGGGGGAAGGACCUCUGACCUGGUCUGAACUGAAACAAGAACUUGGAGAGGGAAGAGGCAAUGGCCUGUACUUGCCUCACCACGAGCCCAGUUACAUAGCGCUAGGCUGGAGGACAGGACUGAAGACAGCCUCCGAAGGAUCUGCCAGUCCUGGCUCUUACCUGGCACCUGUGUGAUACCCCCGAGACCUGUCUCUUGUCUGGUAGCUGUGGGACUGCACCCAUUGUAGAAUAAAGAGUAUAGAAUAAACUGAACCUAAACCACAAGGAGUAUCAAUGAAAGAUUACAUAUCUUGCAGCUGUCAUGUUUGAAAGAUUAUAGCUGUUUGUUGAGGUGGGAGAACUCCUUCCGUCUUCCUCUCUAGUCAAAUAGGUUUCCCUGGACUAAAAAUGAAGAGUCUCCAAGCUAAGAAUUUUAAAAUUUUGGCUUAAUCUGCUUUUCCUUUUAUAUUUUCUAAUCAGUGUUUUUAAUCAUUUAUUCAACCCUUUUAAAGCAAGUGUGAAAUUUGAUAAUUAUUUUAGUCCUGUUUUCCAGCCAUUGCCUUAACCAAGCAACCUCGUUACAACUUAUCUGCUUGGCUGAAAAACUGUCUUAAAGUUUGUUGUCCAUGGUUGGGAGGUUGGCCUGGAUCACGUCUGGCCUAUAUCGUUUUAAUUGGCACAGUGGAUUUCUUGAAGGGAAAGAGCAAAUGAGACUUGUCAGCCAGACAGGUAGAAUCACCAAAGAUUAUGAGUAUGGGAAGUAUUUAAAUUGUGUUUCUUCGCUUGUCCUAUUAGGUACCAUUGAUGUGACCUCCCUGUUCAGAUUCUGUGGCUCGGAGCACACACUGAUAAUUAGUUUUUCAGUUUUGUUUUUAAAUAAUGGUGGUUUUAAAGAAAAUCUUUACUGAAUAUCACUGCUGUGCUGUCGGUGCCUUGUCAAGUGGAAGAUUACAAGCACCAACAGCAGGUAUUGCCUGUCUAACCAUUUAGGUAUAUGUCCAUUUAUUGAUUGUACAUGCAACCUUAUAAUUAUGUGAAGUUUCAGAUGACUCCAAUGGGAUUUUGAUGCCUAAAGCCUUAUUGUGACCUGGGAUGGUGAGUAGGGGGUGAGACAGCUUCUCUUUGCUUAAGGACCGAUCUUUUGGAAAUGAUGCCAUUGACCCGACAGUACACUUGGUCAAGCUCACACUUGACUAGUACUCACUCCCAUCAGACUUCCAGUGACCUGAGCGUUUAAUCAAUAAUUGUCGAACUCCCAAUACCGUGCUUUUGUUUUAAGUUGUCACGUAAGACCUUUCUUUGUUGAUUUUAGUUUUUGCAUUGAGAUUCUGUCAAUCGCAUCAUGAUGCUAACCCUUUCUAGUUUCCCCAGAGGAGUAAAAUGUGGCCUUUCCUCGACCCAAUGCCCUCUGAAUCCCCUCCAUCCCCACCACCACCUUCUAAGAUCGAACCAUUCCCUGGGUGAGUUCCUGAUGCUGGAGGGGGCUACUCCUCCCAUCAUACCUGUGUCAGAUGUUUGAGAAAGCUCUCCUGUGAGUCCCAUUCCCUAUUCCCAUCACUCCCAGUCCGUACAUACUUUUUGCUUCAACCCUGAAAAUGUCUCUUGUUCAAGUUUAUUUCCUCCUUGGACAUCUGGUUCCUGCUUCCUGAUAUACCUCUACGUUAUCUCUGCAGACAAUGACAAUGCAAACAGCUCGCAUACAAGUGACUUUUGUCAUGCGAGGACUCAAUGAGCAUUGAGAGACAGGAUUCCUCUGUUAUGUUCGCUCUUGCUCUCUCUCUCUCAGCUAAGAACCACUUGUUGAUGUGAUGGGAAAAGGGUGUAAUUGAACAGGACAAGACCAGACAGGGUUAUACAAAUUGAGCAAUUAGAAGCUUAGAAAGCUAGCCACAUGCAACCACUGGGUGAAUUUGAGCAAAAGGGAGCUUACCUCAACCCACGACAAUUGUGAAUUUUACUCAUGUAUCGGAGAGGAUUCAGUAUACAAUCCUGCUUUGAAACACGUCCCAAGGACUUCAGUUUGUAAAUAGAGUUUAAGGAAAAAUUGUUUUCACAAGCAAAUUUAGUGUGGGCGGGAAGACGGGGGUUGUUUUUGUAUUUUCUAACUGGGAUGAACAAUGCAAUAAAAUGAUUUGAUCAUUG